CCUUUUUUCUUUUCUUCUAGAGAAAAAAAAAAGAAAAAAGAAAACAUUAUCCUACGUGGCAACAAAUUGUUGUCAUUUUCUAAUCCUCUUCUUAUAAAUACACACCGCACGCUGUUUCUCUGUUUUUCCAAUUAAUCAAAUCUACAAAUAUAGCUUCCAUCACACACCAAAAACUCGCAUAGUUUACUUCCAAAUUUUCCCAAAAAAAAAAAAUUCUCAAAAAAUUUGUAAAACGACAUCAUCAUGGGUAACUGCACCUCGUUCGAUUCAUCGCAGGUUGAAUCUGAAACAGCAAAAGUUGUCGUACACGACGGUACUAUGAAAGAAUUCUCGUACCAAGUUAAAGUUUCUUAUGUUUUACAAAUAUAUCAAGGAUGUUUUAUUUGUGAUUCUGAUGAAAUGGGAUAUGACGACGUCGUUUUAGCUAUGGAUGAAGACGAUGUUUUAAGACUUGGUCAACUUUAUUUUGCUUUACCGUUGAAUCGGUUGAAAAAGCCUUUAUCGGUGGUGGAAAUGGCAGCGUUGGCCGUGAAAGCUAAUUCUGCGCUUAAUGAGAGUAGUGGUGGCGCCGGAGGGAAAAAUCGGUUUAGACGGAAAAAAAAAACUAUGUUUAUGUUUACUGCUGGUGAUGGGAACCGUAAGCCUGGUCGGAGAGUUGCGCCGGAAAAUGAUGGUGGUGAUGUUGCUGUUAGUGUUGUUAGAUCGAAGAGUAAUGGAAGACGGAGAUACAGUGGUGCUGGUGGUGGUAGGGGGAAGUAUAUGGCGGCGUUGAGUGCUAUUCCGGAAUAGGGGUAGUUUCGGAAUAAAUUAUUUCCGUUGGUUAUUUAAUUCUAUUGUAUAUAUUCACGGAAAAAAAAUAUAUUAAUUAUUGAACACGGUAGUGAUCUUAAACUUCUUAAUCUAGAAGGAUUAAGAACCACUCUGUUCAUAUGUUUACUUUUCAAUUCAUUUAUUCAUUCGACUAAUUUCACAA